GCAGAGCAAAGAGGCUGGGACUUCUUUAGUGGUGCAAAUAUUUAAUUUCUCUCACCAGUAUAAGAAGCGUUGACAUAUGUUUGCUAAUCAAAUAAGCUCGUUCCAGUGAAACCAGUGGCACUACCCUGAUUUUUUUUUAAUCAACAGUCAACUGAAUCUGUUAUUCUAGAAUGUAGUAUAAAGUAAACUCAGAAAACAGCAGUUUCUUCAACAAGGCCACAGAAAAGGCUUUCAUAGCUACGCCUUUAACAAGGUAAAGGGCUCAGGUCAAAAGCAGUGCCUUGGCUUUCUGGUGUCAUGUGACUAAUUGCACUUCAGCCAGCCACAUCACUGUAUGAAUUGCUUUCCAGAUAAGUAAAGACAUAAAUCUUCCAUAGAAAGGUGUAUUCUCUGUCAGGUUGGGAAGAAGUCAUCCCUGAUACUUCUUCGUUACUGCAAACAAUCAUGGCAUUUAACGGCACUUGGAAAGUAGAAAAGAGUGAAAAUUAUGAGAAGUUCAUGGAGGUGAUGGGAAUCAGUUUAGUGAAGAGAAAGCUAGGAGCCCAUGAUAACCUGAAGCUCAUUUUCCAACAAGAAGGCAACACGUUCACUAUCAAAGAAUCAAGCAAUUUCCGCACCAUAGAGAUAGUGUUCACAUUGGGAGUAGAUUUUGACUACAGUUUAGCUGAUGGAACUGAGCUCCACGGUAACUGGAUCAUAGAAGAUGGUAAACUUGUAGGCACGUUCAGAAGGAAAGAUAAUGGAAAUGAACUUAAGGCUUUCAGAGAAAUCAUUGGAGAGGAACUGGUUCAGACUUACAUCUAUGAAGGUGUCUCAGCUAAGAGAAUCUUCAAGAGAGCUUGAACAGGAUUGAAAUAUGAUGGAUGAAUCACUGUACAUAUGGCAACUGGGCUUGUUACAGCAAGCACAUAGUAACUGUACAACUGUACAACUGAGACCUAUUUAUCUUCUAACUCAUGUCUGUUUAGAUAAUAAUGUUAUUAAGAGCUGGAAAGAAUACUAGUCUUCAUCAUGGAAAUAAACAAACUUGGUUUCUA